ACAUCUGGUGCGGAAGCGGGCGGGCACCAACAUGCUGCAUAAACAUUGCAGAAAGACGGCGCCUAGUCAUUCGUCUGGUGCACUCCUCCACAACAGGUUUUCUGUCCUCCCUCCACAUGAGAGCUAGAUUGACGAAUCUAACGUCCAGUUGAUACAUCAGCAGGUGACUGUGCGAAUCCAUCCCUGCCAUAAAGCCUAACUCCGUACGUAAGGCAGUAGGGAACCGAAGCAUGAGUUCUAGGUGGUAAACGCUACUUUGCUGGUUGCAGAACGCAGCAUAAGAAUGGCUGCUAGGAGUGAGAACUGUUGGCUCGUCGUGACUGUCCUGGUGACCUGGAGCUGGCAACAUACUACAGCCGAUAUGCUGCAUCGCAACCUGUACUCAGACAUCUACUUUCCAAGAUUCGUCUACAGUGCGACUGUGUACGGCGACCACGAUGUCCUGUCACCGAUCGCACGGGUGGUAGCCAUCUCACGGGGUAACGUCACUCUGACGUACAACAUACGUCACAUUACGUGCAGGGAAGAUGGGGACGAGGAAACAUUUGGAGUGGACUCAAGAAUCUUCCAUAUCACCCCGCAGGAUGGGCGUGUAUAUGUGAACGUGAAUAACCCACGUUGUGGAGACAAAGGACUACCGAAUACCACAUGGAAAAUCACAAUCGCCGCUUCAUCAGACCUCUUGUACGAUACAGCUGUACUCAUGGUGGAUGUAAAAUCGGACCAAUCGUUCCACUGCGACCCCAGAGAUAUCUGCUUUGGUCAGACUGAACUCAGCUUCAGUGUCGAAGAAGAGUCAGCUCCUGCAGUUCUGUUUGUGUUUCCGCCAGGGUACGCUGCUAACAGGUGUCCCCAUACACGAGCUACAUACGGCAUAACUCAAGGUAAUGAGGGCGGGGAUUUAGGUGUUCACCGAGAGUCAUCAGUCCUGGUAACUACGAGGUGACUUGACCGGGAGUCAGUGGACGGU